AUGCAGCAGGCGGUGGCCUUCGGCAGCAGCCAUGCGCUUGCGCUUCGGCCUACCAAAGUGCACACGGCGCCACGGGGACGGUGUGUGCCGUCUCACGUAGCCUGCGCCAAGAAGAACAUCCAUCCCGAAUGGUUUGAGGAAUCCCGGGUCAUCUGCAACGGAGAGGAGGUCCUUGUGACCAGCGGCACGAAGCCCAACUACACAGUGGAGAUCUGGUCUGGCAACCACCCCUUCUACCGGGGCGUCAACUCGACCAUGGUAACAGACGAGGGCCGCGUCAGCCGGUUCCGGAAGCGCUUUGCGGGCCUGGAGGCGCUCAAUAAGAUCUCCGGAGGCGAGACGGUGAUUGGUGGAAAGGGCGGCGCCCGCCCCGCCACGCUGGAUGACGACAGUGAUGAUGAGGGUGUAGCGGUGGCCGCCAAGCCCGUGGUCAAGCCCAAGCAGAAGAAGAAGAAGUAG